UAGUGGGACGGCGGUUUUGUGGUCGGAAUCCGGCACGGGAGGUGGCCGAAGUUGCGGUGCUUGGCUGACUCUCGCUCGGCGGCGGAGGCAAAACCGGGGAGUUUCUCUUCCCACCACCACCACCACCACCUUCGUCGCCUCUUGUUGGGAGAGCUCCGGAGUGGAGCGGGAGCUUGCGUGCCUCUCGCUUUCGCCUGGCACCUGGGCUAUGCCUCGUCCGGCAUUGCUGGCGGUAGGAACGUGAAGAUAGUCCUUGAGUUAUGACAGUAAUGGAGCCUGCCCAUUAUAGUGAUUUCUUCCUGGAGAUCUUUUCAUAUUCCUCUGGUCAUGCAUAAGAAGAAUUAUUUAACAUUAUAAUGGAUUUUAAGUGGAACUACCAAGAAAAGAAGUGUUAUAAUAAAAUUUAUGUCUGACAAGCCGUAUAGCUUCUUACAUAGAACAAUGACAACUUCUCAUAUGAAUGGACAUGUAACUGAAGAUUCAGACAGUGAAACAAAAAUUAUGGAUCUUCCACCUCUUGAAGAAUCUCAGAAACAUAGGGAAAUGGCUGUGGAUUGCCCAGGUGAUCUAGGCAACCGCAUGAUGCCAUUACGGCGGAGUGCUCAACUUGAACGAAUUCGACAGCAGCAAGAGGACCUAAGGCGAAGACGGGAAGAAGAUGGGAAAAAACAAGAACUUGAUCUUAAUUCUUCUAUUAGAUUGAAGAAACUGGCACAAAUUCCUCCCAAGACUGGAAUAGACAACCCUAUGUUUGACACAGGAGAAGGAGUAAUUCUGGAGAGUCCGCAUUGUGCUGUGAAAGUCCUAGAGGUUGAUGAGCUGCUGUGUUCUCUUAAGCACGUCCAACACACGCUGAUAGAUCCACAAAGUCAGGAGGAAAUUGCUCUCAUUUUACAGCUUGUGCAAAAUACUGACUUUCAAAAUGCAUUUAAGAUACACAAUGCUGUUACAGUGCAUAUGAACAAAGCAAGUCCUCCAUAUCCUCUUAUCUCCAAUGCACAAGAACUUGCACAAGAGGUACAAAAUGUUUUGAGACCAAGCCAUCAAAAAGAUGGGCUGGAACUUAAUUCUUUAUUGAAUGCUCCUCAUGUUCAGGCACUACUUUUGGCUCAUGAUAAAGUUGCUGAGCAGGAAAUGCAACCAGAAUCAGUGGCAGAUGAAAAGUUAUAUGAAAAUGUUGGUGUGUAUGGAGGAGAAACAGUUAAAAUUGUUCGCAUUGAGAAAGCUAGAGAUAUUCCAUUGGGUGCCACAGUGCGAAAUGAAAUGGAUUCAGUCAUCAUUAGUCGAAUAGUGAAGGGAGGUGCUGCUGAAAAGAGUGGGCUGUUACAUGAAGGUGAUGAAGUUUUGGAAAUCAAUGGAACUGAAAUUCGUGGGAAAGAUGUUAAUGAGGUUUUUGACUUACUGGCAGACAUGCAUGGUACUCUGACAUUUGUGCUGAUUCCAAGCCAGCAGAACAAGCCCCCACCUACUAAGGAGACAGUGAUACAUGUGAAGGCUCACUUUGACUACGAUCCUUCUGAUGACCCUUAUGUCCCUUGCAGAGAGUUAGGGCUGUCUUUUCAAAAAGGAGAUAUACUCCAUGUGAUCAGCCAGGAAGAUCCAAAUUGGUGGCAGGCUUAUCGAGAUGGAGAUGAAGAAAAUCAGCCUUUGGCAGGCCUCAUUCCAGGAAAAAGUUUUCAGCAGCAAAGAGAAGCAAUGAAGCAAACUAUAGAAGAGGACAAAGAGCCAGAAAAAUCAGGAAAACUUUGGUGUGCAAAAAAGAACAAAAAGAAACGGAAGAAAGUUUUGUACAAUGCCAACAAAAAUGAUGAUUAUGACAACGAGGAGAUUUUGACUUAUGAAGAAAUGUCACUUUAUCACCAGCCAGCAAAUAGGAAACGACCUAUUGUCCUGAUUGGUCCCCAGAACUGUGGUCAAAAUGAACUGUGGCAAAGAUUAAUGAAUAAUGAAGCUGAUCGAUUUGCUUCUGCAGUUCCUCAUACAACACGUAAUAGGAGGGACAAUGAAGUAGCUGGCAGGGAUUAUCAUUUUGUAUCACGGCAAGUAUUUGAGACUGAUAUUACAGCAGGAAAGUUUAUUGAGCAUGGUGAAUUCGAGAAGAAUCUGUAUGGUACCAGCAUAGACUCUGUCCGGCAAGUGAUCAAUUCUGGAAAGAUAUGUCUCUUAAAUCUUCAUACACAGUCAUUGAAGAGUUUACGCAAUUCAGACUUGAAACCAUAUAUUAUCUUCAUUGCACCUCCUUCACAAGAACGGCUUCGUGCAUUGCUGGCCAAAGAAGGCAAAACCCCAAAGCCAGAAGAACUAAGAGAAAUCAUAGAGAAAACCAGAGAGAUGGAGCAAAAUAAUGGCCAUUACUUCGAUACAGCGAUUGUGAAUUCUGAUAUUGACAAAGCAUAUCAAGAAUUACUUCGUUUAAUUAACAAACUUGAUACAGAACCUCAGUGGGUUCCAUCCUCUUGGCUGCGAUGAAAAGAGAACCAUGCCAAUGAAGAAAAGGUUUUUGCCAAUUGCAUCCUUUUCAUCCUUACUAAUUCGUUUAAUCCUCAAAUCCAACAAUGUUGCUGUGAUUGUAGAAUGUCUGGCUUUCUCUACUUUUAAUUAGACACAGUGUGAACAAGCCACAUUUUAAUUAUUUAAAUAGGUUUUUCUAACAGUUUCUUUUUGUCUAGAGUUUUGUUCUUCAAGCAAGUAUAUUUAUACAGUCCGUGAUCAUUACUAAUACAGGUUACUUUACACUGGUAACUUAAUGAUCUAAUGAAAAUAUUGUAGCUCUCAAAAAUACCUUUACAAAACAUUGGAUGGAUGAAAUAAUCAACAAGAAAAAGGAACUAAUCUGCACAUUUUCUUCUUAAUAGUAUAAAGGGGCCACUUAUAUGUUGUCCUUAAGCUUGAAUUUUUUAAAAUUUAAAAUUUAAUUUUAAUUUUUUUAAUUAAACAUUCCUUUAUCUAAUAGCACUGCAAUUUUUUAAAAAUAUGUACAAUGUAAAUAAUCAAACAUUUUUUGUCUUUAGAUACUUUGUAAAUCAGAUUGAUAGCUUAUUAAAUAAUGAGAUUCCACUGAAGAUGAAUUCUAUGUAUGAGUCAAUAUUUGAGAUGUGAUAUUUUUAUGGAUUUCCCCCCCUUUUGCCUAUAUCACUUGAUUGGGAGCCACUGGUAUCCCAAAGAACUAUGGAACAUUUUAGAAGGGAAGCUAUAUUUUUAUGACAAUUCUUAUAUGGAUUUUUUUACAAGGCUUUGCUUCCUUACAAUGUAAAAUUGUUUUCAUAAACAAACAAAUGAAAACUAGAGUUGGGAAUAGUGAAUAUUAGCGUAUAUUCUUGUAUUUUUAUACCUAGGCACAAGACAUCUCAUGGCUGUUGGAAUUAGUAUUAAGUAAUCAGGUUAUAGCCCUGGUACAGUAACAUAAUAUAGAUGUUAGGAACUUGUCUUAUCCUUUUUUCUAAAAAUCCCUACUGAAAAGGUCCAUUGGGUAAAUAUUGGCGGCUUCUCCAGUAAUAGCUGUUUUGGAAAUAGAUUAGUUUUGUUACUUUAUUGUUGAUGGCACCCUUGAAUGUGAAUAUUAAUAAAUGUUUUUCUCAACCAUAGCUUUUAUUUUUAUAUACUGUCUUACACUGGAAUUACUUCAAUGUGUCGUUGAAUAGGUGAAGUAUUAGCUAUUUCUUUAUGUUAUUUCAUUUUUUUCCUCAUAAUGUAUGAAAUAGAAAAGAACUUUGCAAGAAUAAUACUUUUCAUUGUUGAACAUGCUAUAUGGCAUGUAGCAACUGUGGAAAAACUGGCUUAAGAACUGAAAUUGUUCAGUAUUAUAAGCAUCCCUCAGAAAGCAAGAAAAGAAGAAAAAAUAAAAAAUGGAAAUAUAAAACAGUUCCCUCCCAUUCAAAUUCUGUAUAGUCUUAUAUUUAUAAACUGAUGGUAAAAUAAUCAUUUAGUAAUGUGCCUCAUCCAGUAAAGCCUUUCAGUAGAUAAUAAAAAUGACAUGGAAUAAUUCCUAAAUAUGCAUCUCCAAUAGUCAACUUUGAUUAGAAUGCAUGAGAAAGAAAAGUGGUGUUUUUUCCUCAUUUGAUUUGUGAUAGUUUCAAAUCUCAUUUGAUUUGAUGAUUCUUACAAGUCACUAAAAAAGGACUACACUUGAGAUGUAAUGCAUCCCAGCUUUUUUCUUUGCUUAAGGGAUCAGAAAUGCACUAUGGCACUGUUUCUCAACCUUAGCAAUUUUAAGAUGUGUGGACUUCAACGCCCAGAAUUCCCCAGCCACCGUCCUGUCCUGUCUUGUAUAUAAUUUAGUUUUGUUUAUUCUAGUAAACUUGCAUUGAACAUUUAAAGCAUAAUUAAGUUUGUAGACCAGGCAUACAACUUUGAACAUGUAUGUCCUGUUCUUUAUAACUAUUGUUGCAAAAAUGACCAUAUCUCAAUACCCUCUGCUAAUCUUGAAAAUUUUAACAAGGAUAGGCUUGGAUAAGAAAUAAUUAGAAAAAGAUUAAACUGAGAAGUUGAAAAAGGCAGGGAAACAUUUCAGUUUUGUUUCUAAGAAUACUUCAAGCAAAUGUCUAUGAAAUCACCCAGAAUCAAGCACAAUUUAAAGCAAAGUAUUAGGAUGAUAGGAUUACAUUGUGGAUAGUAAAAUCUGUAUUUGAUUUUUUGCAAUAGGUGUAACAUGUAGAAUUCCAACCUGCAACUUUUUUCACUAUCAUACUUGAAUUCUGCUAUAAUCCAGGGUGCAUUCUGGAGCAAUAGAUGAAUUAAUGAUAUUGAUGUGACACAGCAGUGAGUGUAUUACAUGUUAAGAUGCACAAAACAAUGAAUCCCUUUGUUAUGUUUUUGUUGCCCUUUUAAUGUCUAAGAAUCUAGAGUUUGCUGAACAGAGAAUUUACUAAAUAUUAUAAGAAGAUGGGUUUUUAAAAAAAACUACAGAAAACAUUUACGGUAGUUAAACAGAUGCAACAAAGCCAAAUAAUGGUAUUAAGAUUGUUAAAAUGGUAUUUUAUAGAUCAAUCGGUAGUAAUAAAUCUAUUCCUUUAUUCUGCUGCUGAAAGCAUGCAUUUUGAAGUCUUUCAAAAUGCAUGAUGAUUAGAAAAAAAUAGAGACAUUGAUUACUAUUUAAGUGUUUUGCUAUAUGCUGAAUGAGUGUACUGGAUUUUUCUUGGCUAUUGAAACAGGAACAUUUUUAAUCAAUAAACAUUAUUUCAUUGGCAUGAAUGUAACCGUGUCUAAUAAGGACAAUAAGAGGCUUGUAAGGUAACUGUGACAAUGCACCAAUGUUGUAAACUGUAUGCUAAUGUAAACAUGUAUAUUUCCUGACUUCAAGUAAAUGUUAACUGUUAAUAUAUUUUUAUUUUAGUGGCUUAAUAUUACAAAAUAUUGUAAUAAAGGUGAGUGUAUGGAAUUAGUUAUAAAAACUGCAAUGCAGUCUGUUAUGGUGAUAAAUAUCACCAGCAUUGUUCCAAAUAUCCUUCUACCAGCUUGGUGCUUCCAGAUAUAUCUGGGGCUACAGCUCCCAGAAUUCCUGGGCAGCAUAGCCAAGAUAAAGAAUGCUGGAAUUUGCAGUUAUAAGAGAUAUGGGAAGUGCUUGAUUGGUGAAGGCUAAUUAUGAGGCAGUUUUGCUAUUCGGGCUCUGCAUGCUUUGGUGACUCCAAAUUCCCUUUUGUGACCAUAACAUCCCUGUUUAUUAAAGCGUCUUGACAUUUUUAGGGAUUCUGGCAAGCCUGAAAAAAAGAUUGCCACUGCUUAAAGCAGAGGUCUUCAAAUUUGGCAGUUUUAAGUCUUGUGGACUUCCACUCCCAGAAUUCUCUAACCAGCAUAGCUGGCUGGAGAAUUCUGGGAGUGGAAGUCCACAAGUCUUAAAGCUGCCAAGUUUGAAGGCCUCUGGCUUAAAGAAAUCUGCUUAUUAAAAAUUAGUGAAACUCUUAAAACAGAGUUACCUUUUAUUCAGGCUCCCAUAGAAGCUGGAUAAAACUCAGGCCAUUUUAAGAAAGAAUAGAGGUGCUGUCCUCAUACAGGCCUCAAGCACUUUUGAAGUGCAAUUACUAUACCCUCUCAGCUGUCAUUGAAUUUAUCAGUAUACAAAAUUAUUUCCACUGACAUUACCCAGACUUGUUCCAGGGAAUCCCCAAACUCUGGAGUGCCCACGGAGUUACCAGUUUUGGAAGAAUGUGUGUUCUACCAAUGAUAUCUCUUCAGCUGGCAGAUGGAGUUGGAUAUUACCCAUUGUAGAGAUGUGAUGGCACUUCCUAAAGCCACAAUGUACUAUGGAGACAAAAGCCACCUGAUUUUUAUACUUGCUUGAAGUUCUUUCACUAUUCAAGUGCAUCAGUCCAAUUUAAAUUUUUUUCCUAAUGAUUCAAUAGGAAACGAUCUUGGCACAAGUCAUUAUCUGUGAGAGUACAAUUCAGAUCCAUCAGAUUAGCAAACUUGGGCAUGAUAACCAAUAUUCUCUAUGCAUUGUCCCUCCCCUUGCAGAAAAAGGUAAAUUAGUAGAGAUUACCUACUACACAGCUGAUUCUCAAGGGUAAUUUAUUCCAUGUUAUAAAUUUGCCCAAAAGUAUUUAAAUAAAAACUCUUAAUCCUUGAGUAAGUUUGAGAAUAUUUUCAACCUGAUUUAACAGCUCAGAUACAGUUUGUAACAGCCUUAUGACAAGUAAGGUACGGACUAAACAAAUGAAACUUGAAUAUUGCGUGUGUUAAAUUGUGAAGCUGUUUCACUGUCCUUUGAGAAAGAACUAGCAAAUCUCGCACCAUUUAUUUGCUUACCAAAAAUAAAGUUCACUUCUUACUUA